AUGACCACCCCAGCACUGCCCUCUCAUCCCGGCCCCGAGCAUCUCGUUACUAUCAAGGUGCUCUUUAACGAUAGCAACCGUCGCUUCAAGCUUCCUCUGAAGGACUUGCGAGCACAGGUGCUGCCAGAGAAGCUUCGCACUCUCCUCGGUGUUCCAGCGGAUGUUAACGUCAUCCUCGAACGCUAUUCCGACAGCGCCGGCUCCUACAUGCGUCUCGACUGUGACAACUUCGCUGUCUACAAACAACUCUACAGAGCUGCCAAAGCCAAAUCAAAGCUUCGGAUCAAGGCUACCACCGUCGAUUCAUCAGCAUCGGCAUCGGCAUCGGCAUCGGCAUCGACUCAGCCUUCCACCGACGAGUCGUUCCCCACCCGACACAGCUAUCUUGAGACUGUUCUUAGUUCCCCAAUUCCUGUUGCUCAGCCUGAGACUCUCCCAACUACAUCCGAAACUACUCUCCAUUCAAACCUCACCGCCCCUUCCCUCACCCUAGCUUCUGAUCAGCCCCAUUACCGAGACUUCGAUAUGGAGCAGGACAAACUUCGUUUCCCGGUUAUCUCUCACAACUCUCCCAGUGGCAUGUUCUGCAUUGACUGCAACAACUGUGGUCGUUCCAUUGCAAAUGAACACUACCACUGCAGUAUUUGCGAGUACGGAGACUAUGAUCUGUGCCCCCAGUGUGUGGAUGCCGGUGCAUCCUGCCGCGGAGAAGGUCACUGGUUGAUCAAGAGGGUGGUCGAGGGCGGUCUCGUCACUAACAGCACCACCGAGAAAAUCCCCCCUCGCCAACAGUCUGCUCAAGAGAUCAAGUCUGUCGCGCCAGUCGCACCUCUCCCUACUACCAAGCUCGUCCCCGAGAUGGCGGGUCCUCCCAUCCCUAUCGUUGCCGCCCCCGCCCCUGCUGUCGCUUCUCCAAAGACUACUCGCUCUGAUCUCACUGCCGAAAGUGAGGAGAAGCCAAUUUGCAACGGAUGCUGCCGUGAAGCCGAUGAGACCAACCUGGUCCGUUGCCUGAACUGUGAAGACUAUGACUUGUGCCUUCGUUGUCUGUUGAGGAACAAGCAUGGUCACCAUCCCGCCCACACCUUCUCCUCUGGAACUGACCGCAAUUUCUGCCUCAAGAACCUGAUCAUGGCUCGCUGUCUUCCAGGUCGUCAGUUCAAGCAUGCAGCUAUCUGUGAUGGCUGUGACAAGCGCAUUGUUGGCACCCGACACAAGUGUCUGAGCUGCCCAGACUGGGACUACUGCAGUGCCUGUGCCUCUCGCUCCAAGGAGUCCCACCCUGGCCACCGAUUCGCUCCUAUUUAUGAAGCUAUCGGUGACCAGUCGGCGCAUGAGAUGGACAUUCACUAUGGCAUUUUCUGUGAUGGCCCCCUGUGCAAGAAUAAGCCUGCCCAAAGCUACAUCAAGGGUGUUCGCUACAAGUGUGCUGUCUGCGAUGACGUUGAUUUCUGCGCGAACUGCGAGGCCUUCCCAACCAAUGCUCACAAUCACACCCACCCCUUGGUCAAGUUCAGGACUCCCAUCCGCUCUGUCACUGUGAACACAGUUACGGAAGAUCUUCCUACUGGAAUCUUCCAUCUGGGUGACCAGGCUGAUCUUCCUUCUGAGACACCUACCAAGGUUGAAAAGCCAGUUGAGAUGUUCGCAAACAAAGUGGAGAAGACCGAGCCAGUAGAGAAGGCCGAGCCAGCUCCUGAGCCUCCUGCCAAUGAAGUUCCAGCCUACAAGGAGGCUUACGAGGAAGCUUCCGUGGACUCGGACAGUUACCAGGCCUACUUCCUUCGCGAUGCCAUCUCGGAUGGCACCAAGUUGCCUCCUGAUACCACUUUCCGUCAGACAUGGACUCUUUACAACCCGGGACCUAAUUCCUGGCCAGUCGGUUGUGACAUCCGCUUUGUCGGUGGAGAUACCAUGUUCGAUGUCGAUGCAAGCCACCCGUCCAGCAUCGAUGCGAUCCGCUCUGCGAUGGAAAGCAACAAGCUGACCGCUCCUCUGGAGCCUGGCUCGAGCGCUGACUUCAGUGUGACCCUCCGAACUCCCCAACGCGAGGGUGCUGCUAUUUCUUACUGGCGACUGAAGUUGCCUAACGGUAUGGCGAUCGGUCACCGACUGUGGUGUGACAUUCAGGUGCAGGCAACUCGCGUCUCCGCAGUUACCCCAGAGUCUGAUGAGCAGGAAAAGUCUAUCGAGUCUGAGACCGAGUCGUCUGCAUCCGCUAACACCGAGCUGACCAGCAGUGGCAUGGUCUUCCCCAAGUUGGAGAAAGAGUCACCCGAGGCUAGCACCCAUGAGGCCAUGGCCUCCACUCACAAUGCUCCGACUCUGUCAACCGCCUCUGAGGGUGAUGCCCUUGAGGAUUUGGAGAGCUUGACCCUGGAGGAUGCCUCUACUGACGCAGGCUUCCUCACCGAUGAGGAGUAUGACGUUCUAGAUGCUAGUGACCAAGAGUUCCUUGAGGCCAAACAGUCGAUUCACUAG